UCGGACAACCCGGGUUCGAUUCCCGGGCGGACCAGAUCACUUCUGUUGUGAUUGGUUAUGAAAUCCUUUCUACGACCAUUCGCACUGUACCACUGCCCCUUGCAUGUACAGAAGUUGUCAGUUCCUUGCAGAAGUAAAGGCACCUAGUACUGGUUCACCGCCCAGGAAAGGUGUGCGGUGGUUGAACUGUCACUCUGGGACCCUUCAAUGUGCUCACGCCGGGACCCGGAGUAUAAACUACUAACACCACCACCAUUAUCGUCAUUCUCGAUGGAGAUACCGUACAGUUUACACCAAGAAAUGAUUAGUAUUAAUCAACUAGAACUUUGUAGUUGCCAAUCUAAAAUAUUAUCUAUAUUUUCCGUAAAGCUCAGCUUUGAGGUAUUGUACAGUUUAUAGCUGACCAGUGGACCGGAUUGUUGUUGACAGAUACGAUAGUUAAUGUAAUGCCUACACUUCUAUACUCUUGCUAGAAAGCUCAGCUAUCCUGUGAGGCAUAGAAUACUUCAUAACCAAAAUGGGGCGUGACAUUCUAGUGGCUAGUGCUUUGUUCGUGUUAACUGUAUUCACACGAGGACUUUUGGCACAGUUAAAUGACACUUAUUAUUCAAUAGAAGUUAACUUUGAAACCAUCGAGUGUAAAAUGUGUCCGCCUGGCACUUACUGGAUUCAACAUUGUAGUCAAGACGGUGGCCAGGCUGUAUGUCAGGCCUGUCCGAAUGGACGCUUUACAGAGGACUACAAUCGAGCGAUUUAUUGUGAAAGGUGUACUGAAUGUAAAGGAAAUUAUAAAGAAUCGCGUGAAGUUGUGGCAGAGGCGUGUACGGGAUUUCACGACACGAUAUGUGAGUGUAAAGCAGGGUACUGGAGAGAGGAAGGAAUAGUCGGAGAUUGCCGAGAAGUGUCGCCGUGUGAGCCCAGAUAUGGCGUGAAAAAGUUGGCGAACAGUCACAAUGAUACAACAUGCGAGAGAUGUGUUAACGGGAAGACCUUCUCCAACAUCAGUUCCGAGGUGACGCCAUGUCAGAACUGUUCAGUUUGCCCCGAGGGAUGGGUACAGAAAUGGCCAUGUAACGAAUAUGAGGAUACUGUCUGCAUUCCAAAAGAUGAAGUUAAAGAGUAUAACAAAGUUGGUCUUAUUGUUGGGGUGGUCUGUGGCGUUUCAGUACUCAUUCUUGUGAGUGUCAUCCUUUGCUACUGUUGUCGAAAAAAAAGCGCUCAAGUUCUUCAAAAGUUGCGUAACAGCUGGAGAAAUAGACGACGUCAAGAAAACGUUGAUGAUGAGGAACAAGCUAACCCACUACAGCAAGGCAAUGAUAUUGAAAUGCAUCAAGUAAAUGGAGGAAACAACAGUUAGUGAACCCCAUUACCUUAGAGUACUUACUGCAAGAACAAUGUCAUUUGAGCGCAAAAUGCUGAUUUACUUGCCACACUCAUACAUGCUCGAGAAUCUCAUUGGCAGAAGCAUAAGCUUGAAGACUAUGAAACAUAUACAAUGUGUAUCAACAGGGGUUGAUUUGACUAUGUACAGUAGAACACUGUAAGAUUGGCAUGUACGGUAAAACACUGUAAAAAUGGCAUGUACAGUAAAACACUGUAAGAAUGGCAUGUAUGGUAAAACACUGUAAGAAUGGCAUGUACGGUAAAACACGGCUAGAAUGGCAUGUACGGUAAAACACGGCUAGAAUGGCAUGUACGGUAAAACACUGUAAGAAUGGCAUGUACGGUAAAACACUGUAAGAAUGGCAUGUACGGUAAAACACUGUAAGAAUGGCAUGUACGGUAAAACAUGGCUAGAAUGGCAUGUACGGUAGUACCCGGUUAGAACAGCAUGUACAGUAGGGCACGUCUAGAACGGCAUGUACGGUAGGGCACUUAGAACGGCAUGUACGGUAGCACAAUGACUGAUUUAUGAGAGUAUUAGCGAGUAUACAUCUUUGAGCCUGUUACAUGUACAUAUGUUUUUUUAAUUCUGUACUUUAUUGUUACUCUUCAACCCCUUUGUAUUGUUUUUGUUUUGUUUAUAAGUCUUGUUUCAUGUGCAUGUUGACAUACAUUAACAUCAACUGUUGUUUUUUCAUUUAUGACAUUAGUUUGUAUUUAUUUAGAAUAUUUCUAUUUAUUCCAUGUAGAAGUUUUCGAAUAAACACAAUAUUUUUAAAAUUUAAGAGAGUUCCUGACGAUUUUGUUGAAUGUUCAGGAACAUUUUCAUUAUGCAUAUUAGGGCUGACUUCUUAUCUGGUGUCUUUCAUAAAGUUAAAGUAUCCUUAAAAAAAAUAUUUUUAAAAUGUUAACCGGAGUGCUAGAUCAUUUCUAAGUCUUGUAUUAAAUUACAUUUCAACCUUUUUGUGGGAAUAAUUCUGAGUGUCUAGAAAAUGGUCUAUUCAAUGAGUCUAUAUUUAAUUUGACAUUAGAAAAUACGAGCAUAAGAGAGGGCAUUUUAAGAACAUUUGGACAUUUUUCAUUAUUACAGGCAUUAUUUUUUUCAAAUUAUUUUUAUUGAUUUGUUGUUGAAUAAUAAAUAUGUUGUUUAAAGUUUUUUGCUGGUUCCUUUUUCUCUGUUGCAUUUGGUGCUCUUUACAACAAAAUUACAACUUCAAACCUCAUUCACAUAUUGGGGACUUUCCAGCGUAUGACAAAAUCAAGGUGUUCUGUUAAAGCUGCACUCUCACAGAUUGUACGAUUUGACAACUUUUUUAUUUUUUAUCUUGGAACGA